GGAAGAAGAGGAGGAGUGAAUGGAGACUUCAGUUUUCAGGGCGUAUGAGGAAGUUGCUGUAGAAAGAAAAACAAGCGAGCAGCUCUUUGCAAAAUGCCUGGAAAGAAAGUCUGCAUCGUGGGAUCUGGAAACUGGGGCUCCUCCAUCGCCAAGAUCAUCGGGCACAAUGUGAAGGGGUCCAACCGCUUCGACCCCAUGGUCAACAUGUGGGUGUAUGAGGAGGUGAUGGACGGCAGGAAGCUCACGGAGAUCAUCAACACCGACCACGAGAACGUCAAAUACCUGCCGGGUCACAAGCUGCCCAGGAAUGUGGUCGCCGUCCCCGACAUCACAGAGGCCGUCAAAGGAACAAAGAUCCUCGUCUUCGUCAUCCCGCACCAGUUCAUCGCCAAACUCUGUGACCAGAUGAAGCCCCACAUCACCGAGGGAACCAUCGGGAUAUCGCUCAUCAAGGGUGUGGACGAGGGCCCAGACGGCCUGAGGCUGAUCUCAGACAUCAUCCGAGAGAAGCUGGAGAUCGAGGUCAGCGUCCUGAUGGGAGCCAACAUCGCCAACGAGGUGGCAGACGAGAAGUUCUGUGAAACCACCAUCGGAGCAAAGAACGAGGCAAACGGACACAUCUUCAAAGAGCUGCUGCAGACUCCCAACUUCCGCAUCACCGUGGUGACGGAGGGUGACACGGUGGAGCUGUGUGGAGCCUUAAAGAACAUCGUGGCCGUAGGCGCUGGGUUCUGCGACGGCCUCGGCUUCGGCGACAACACCAAAGCGGCGGUGAUCAGGCUGGGUCUCAUGGAGAUGAUCGCCUUCGCCAAGUUGUUCUGCAGAGGCCCGGUGACCUCGUCCACGUUCCUGGAGAGCUGCGGCGUGGCCGACCUCAUCACCACCUGCUACGGGGGACGCAACCGCAAAGUGGCCGAGGCCUUCGUCCGAACCUCCAAGUCCAUCGCUGAGCUGGAGGCGGAGAUGCUGAACGGCCAGAAGCUUCAGGGUCCACAGACGUCAGCUGAGGUUUAUAAGAUCCUGCUGAAGAAAGACAUGGUCAACAAGUUUCCUCUGUUUGCAGCCGUCUACCAGAUCUGCUUCGAGGGCAAAGAGGUGAAAGAGUUCAUCACCUGCCUCCAGAAUCACCCUGAGCACAUGUGAGCGGUGUGUCGACGCCUCACCGCCACCAGGUGGUGACAGAGAUCCACGAGCUGGAAACGCACAACUUAACAUUUCAUCAUGCAAACUACUUUCAUUGAGCUUCAAAAGCAAUUUGAUUUACUCAUGUUGAACUUAUUUUAAAAUAACUAAUUUUACUCUUGAAAAGUUUGUAAAAAAUAAAAGUUAAAGAUAUUAAAUAAAUGAUGAUAAAUAAGAGGUACAAAAUAUGUUCUACAUUUGCAGCCUUAAAACUGCAAUAAAUAUGGUUUAAAAAUACCAAAUGUUGCCUCGAAAUACUACAAUUUUGUAAAUGCAUCAGUUUGUGUGACUGACAUAAACACAGUGUUUACAAUUUCAACAUUAAAAUUAACUAUAUUCUUUUUA